CGCCAGAUGUUGGGGCGGCGGCGGCGGCAAGAGCUGGGGAGAGGGAGGAGCCGUGGAGCCAGGCUGAGGGCAAGGGCGCCGCUGGCCGGCCCGCCGGGCCCUCUCCGCACGGCUCUCGCCGGAAUUCGAAGAGGAACUGGCAGGCCUGGAGGGGGCUGCGGCACGGACAUGCACAGCGCUCGACUUGACAGUUUCCUGGGCCAGCUGCGCUGGGAACUGCUGUGUGGCCGGGACACCGGCUCACCCCCAAUGCCUGGUCCCCUUCGGCCACCCCCCAAACACCGCCCGGGCGUGCGGCUCAAGCACCAGUUCAGGGCCUCAGAUGCAUUGGAAGAGGACUCGGUCUGUGGUGUGGAGGAAGAGGAGGAAGAAGUUGGGGUGACAGGAGACAGGAGUGCAGCCUUGGGGGGCCCCAGGGAGCAUGGCCUGGACUGGGACUCCGGCUUCUCAGAGGUGUCAGGCAGCACAUGGAGAGAGGAAGAGCUGCCCAUACCCCAGCACCCAGCACCCUCAGCAUGGCCCCCCCGGAGACAGCGCCUCUCAACCAGUGGUGUCGCCCAGCCUGGAGGAGCGCCUGUGGCCCGGGUACCACCUGUCCACCGACCACGGCCCAAGUCCACCCCAGACGCCUGCCUGGAACACUGGCGGGGGCUGGAAGCUGAGGACUGGACCACGGCCCUGCUGAGCAGGGGUCGUAGUCGCCAGCCCCUGGUGCUGGGGGACAACUGCUUUGCGGACUUGGUGCACAACUGGAUGGAGCUGCCCGAGGCAGCGGGUGAGGGGGACGAUGGGGGUGGGCCCCGUGCCCGUGCUCGGCCCCCCCAGUUCCUGCUGGGCCUCUCUGAGCAGCUGCGGCGCCAGCUGGCCAGGGCGCGCCGGGCAGCGCUGGCAGGAAAGCGACUGUCAUGCCCACCUCGCCCGGAACCCGAACUACCUGCAGAUGUCUCACGCUUUGCAGCCCUCAUGAGUUGCCGCAGUCGGCAGCCCAUCAUUUGCAAUGAUGUUGUCAGCUACCUCUGACCCUGCCCUCCAGCCUGGGACAAUAAAGGCCUUUCUCUGGACAGUCCUGGUUCCGUACCCCCCCGAGGCUCCAGGAGGCAGCGCCAGCCCUGCAAGGCACGACUCAGGCAGGCGAAUCGAAAGAGCCUUUUCCCUCCCUGCAGGAGUCCUUGUCAUGCCUGUUUCACAUGCCGUGCAUUUGCUCCAUCA